UUGCGCGGCGGCAGCUCUGCAGUCCUGGUUGCCGGCUGUGUUGCCGUGGCGGUUCCGAUCUCGCAGCGGUGCCGCCCGGCGGCCACCAAGCCCCCGCGCCAGCUCGCCCACUGCCCCUCGCACCGCCCCUCCGCCCAGCGGCGCGCACACCUCGAGCAGGUGGACGCGCGCGCUCUGCACCUGCAUCCCCGCAAACAUGGUGAUGGUGCGGACGCCCGAGCUUGGGGGUCUCCCCAGCCCUCAGGCCCAGGGAGGGAAGGAUGGCAGCCGUGACCCCGAGUCCCUCCUGCAGGAGAGCCCCGUGGAGCCCUGUGGCGCCGGGAGGGAGGAGCUGUAGAGUGUGCCCCACUCCCAGAGCGCGAGGGCCUUGGCGCGGUGCAGGUCUGCCCGCCGCCUGGAUCGGAGGACCGAGCUGGUUCAGUUCCUGCUGGGGAAGGACGAGGACACGAGCCCCAGCUCCCUCUCCGAAGUGGUGAAACGCGUGAUCCGAGGCUCGAAGGCCCUGGUCCCCGAGAUCGUGGCGAGGGCCGCAGAGCACCUGCGUGUCUUGGGGUUUGAGCUGUAACAGCCUGACCGCAAGCACCCCACUUACAACCUGAUCGGCAAACUAAAACCUCUUGAGGAGGAGGAGGCUGGAGGAGGUGGCCCCAGAUCUGGCCUCCUCAUGAUGGUCUCGGGCCUUGUCUUCACGAAAGGUAAUAGCGCCAGUGAGGCCCAGGUCUGGGAGAUGCUGCGUCGGUUGGGGAUGCGUCCCUGAAAGUAUCACUUCCUCUUUGGUUACCCAGAGAGGCUUAUUAUGGAAGGUUUUCUGCAGCAGCGAUGCCUCAGUUACAAGCAGGUGCCUCACACCAGUCCGCCUGAAUGUGGAUUCUGUUGGGGUCUCCGAAGCACCCUGAAAACCGGCAAGAUGGAAGUUCCGGGGUUUGUGGCCAAGCCGCAUAAGAAGGAACAGCACUGGCCAGUGCAGUAUCAGAAGGCCCUGGCAGACGAGGCGGACAAGGCCAGGGCUAGGGCCGGCAUCCGCCCCUGGUGAGGGAUGGUGAAAAGAGGCCAGGGGCCCCGUGGGUGUGGGAGCUACUGCCUGAGUUAUGAGCAGAAAAGGGGGACCCGAGGCCAUCGAGUCGAUUCUCACUCAUAGCGACCCUAUAGGACACAGUGGAGCUGCCCCAUAGAGUUUCCAAGGAGCGCCUGGUGGAUUCGAACUGCUGACCCUUUGGUUAGCAGCGGUAGCACUUAACUACUAUGCCACCAGUAUUUCCAGAAAAACGGGAGGAGGAGUCGUUAUUUCUGUAGAAUUUGUAUUUGUGUAACUUUAGAAUUUGGGUUUUGUAUCCUGCUACUUUUUGUUACAUUUUGUUACGUUUAAUAUGCUGUUUAUAAAUGAGAUCAGCCGACUUUUUUGUAGGGUUCUGUAAAAUGGAUUUAAAAACUCUUAUUCUAUAGUGUUGUAAUCUUAUUCUUGAAAGAAUUCAGCAGUACCAUGACCUGGUUUCAGUAAAGAACAAUUAGUGUCUAGCAUCCCAACAUAUUUUGCCUGUUGUAUAUUAAAAAAAAAAAAAAAAAACUGACACGUAUUUCUGUUUGCUUA